AUGCCUAAAUUUACAAAGCAAAAAGCACAUUUAAAUAGACUUGCUUUAGUCAAAAAAAAUAAUAAUAGCUCAUCUGGUAAUGAAAAUCAAUUAGAAACUAAUUUAGAACAAUUUUCAUGUGAAGAAUCUGAGGAAAGUUGGUUUGAAGAAGGAAUAGAUAGAGAAUUAGAUGAAAAUUCUAAACAAAGUGAGGCUAAGAAAAAUGCUGGAAAAAAUGGUCAAUUAAUAACUGCAUUUUUUGAAAAAAGUGAAGCAGAUGUUAAUAGUGAAAAUGAAAGUUCUGAGGAAUUUAUUGAAAGUAAUGAUAAAGAAAUGACAGAGUUGUGA